AUGAAAAGGAGGAGGAGAAAGAAUGAGGAGGAAGAGGAAGAGGAGGAGGAGGGGGAGGAGAAGGAGGAGGAGGAGGAGGAGAGAGGAGGAGGAAGAAGAGGAGGAGGAGAAGAAAUGAGACAGGAAAUGCAUAUUUUUCAAAAAACAUUCCUGUGA